GGAAACCUCACAUUGCGUAAGAUCCCGGGCCGGCCACGCCCAUCGGGGGGAAUUUCGCGGUUGUGAGAUCACUCCCUCCGCCGCCCGCGAGAUGCUAUAUAAUUCCCACCCCCCGCCAAGUUGCAAUCGGCAGACGGAGACGGAAAGUUUAGGAUCGGUGGCCUCCGCAGCGAUCGUGGCGGACUGAGGAUGCUGGACGUAGACUACGCGCAGUGAGUGAACCGGGGGUUAAAGUGUUUUCGAUUAUGGAGAGAGGGGCGCACACACAUAUAUAUGCCAUCAUCUGCCCUGGUUUUUUUUUGUUCUUAAUUCUUUAAAGUGGUCUCCGAGCAUGUGCAGAGUAUUUUUUUCCAAAGCACCCAUUUGCCUACGCCUCCCGCAUUUGGAGAUGGGGCGUUGUUUCAUUUUUAAAACUUUGAUCCCUGGGUCUGGGAGUUGCUCUUCUUCUCCCAACUCGCUUCUCCGUCGGUGGCUGCUUGCCGGCUGCGAAAGUUGGGCAAAAAGUCUUUGCCCCGAGGCUCAUACAAGGGGUGGAGGGAGGUGCGCCCGAGAGGAGCAGAGGACUCCUCUAAGGUCGGGGCAGGUUGGCUGCGUUCCCGAACUCCUGGGUUCUUUGCAGGAGGGAAGUCGGCCAGGGGAAGCGGGGUGCCUGUUCGGACCCAGGAAUUCUCUGAAUAGGAACAACGAUUUUGUUAAAGCCGAGAACGGACCUCAGCACAGAGCUAACUAAAAACUAACUGCAUCAAGCGCACACGUUGUGAGUCCACAAAAAGGCUCAAGAGGCAGAAUUUUGGAUUCCUAGCCUUUCUGGGCUGGGGGAGCAGUUUUGUAUAAAGACAGCCAGGCUGCUAUCACUUCAUAUUAUUGUUAUGCUUGGAUCCCACCCUCUUAGGACUUCAGGGCAGUCCAUAGGCUUUUUCUCCUUCUCCACACAACAGCCCUGCGAGGAAGGCGAGGCUGAGUGUUAGCUUUUUGCCCAAGUUCACCACCCAAUGUGGUUCAUGGGAUAGUUGGGAUAGCUUGCUCAGUGUUAGCAGGACACUGCUCAUCUCAGGGUCUUGAGUUUGAGCCUCACGUUGGGCAAAAGAUUCCUGCAUUGCAGGGGGUUGGACUAGAUGACCCUCGGGGUCCCUUCCACCUCUUAACAAUUUGAUGAUUCUCUAACUUGGGAUCUGAACCCAGGGCGUCUCCUGCCUAAGCCCAACACAACUCACCACAUGGUCUCUCUAAUUUACUGUCAGUUGCGAAAAGUAGGGGGCUGGAGGAGAAAGAACACGCAGUGGGAAGCGUGUGUCAAUUUUUUAUGCCGUGGGGGCUUUAUCCUUGGUCACUUUGUGGACAAGGAUCCAUGCCUUAUGCCUGGAAAGUUCCUGGAAACGCCAGUAUUUAGGGCUGCUGCUUGUCUCUUAAGGCAGUUUGCCGCCAACAUUUUCAAACGGGGCUGCUUUGCAAGGCAGGACCUGCUGUAAGGAGAAAAGUUCUCUGGUAUAACUUUUCCCACCAUGCUGGGCAAAACUUCAGCUGCUGAAUUCCAACUCCCCCCCCCCCCCAUUUAUUUUAUUUUAUUUUAUUUUUUGCAACAGUGAAAAUGCUCAGAGACUUUACACUUUAAAUACGGUGACCCUACUCCAAAUUUAGCAGCCCCUUUCUGCCCCAAUUUAUUUGCAAUCUAAUAUUGGGUGCUUUUGAACGCCCCACCCCAAGCGCACCCCAACCUCAACUUUCUCCCCUCACUUUCCUUCCCCUCCUCUUGCCUGUUAUGCAAAUGCUGAGGUGGGGAAAGCUAGAUUUGAAUAUUUCCUCGGCUCACAAAAGUGUGACUGUGAGGGGGUUGGGGUGGCGCCUUGUAUGAGGGGAGGGUGUGGAGCUUCCUUGUCCAGCUUUUUCCAUCCCAAAUGUUGGGUAUACUGUAUAGUAUAAUCCACAGCCUUCCUGCCCUCAGCAUUGAUUGAGCCAGUUUUAAUACCUGCCAACUGAGGCCCACAUUGACACCAUAUGUGAUAAAGUGCAACCGAGACCCCUUUACAAACAGCCAUGGCUUCCCUCAGAGAAUUCUGGGAACUGUAGUUUGUCAAGCGUUCUGAGAGUUGCAGAUCUACAAUUUUUCAGAGUGGUUUAACAAUUGGUUCUUCUUCACUGGGAAUCGGAGCUCUGGAAAGGGAACAGGGGUCUGCCAAAGGUCCCAGGGUUCAAUCCCCAUCAGCGCCGGGAGCGAAUCCUGCCUGAAACCCCGAAGAGUGGCUGCCAGUCAGUGUAGACAAAACUGGUCUAAAUGGAGCAAACGGGUCUCACUCAGUAUAAGGCAGCAGCUUCCUAUGGGCCCGCAAAAACCGAUCUGUUUUUAAGCACCCUGUGAAAUAACUGAGAGGGACAACGUGCCUUCCCAUUACAGCGGUACCUUGGGUUCCAGACGCUUCAGGUUACACACUCCGCUAACCCAGAAAUAGUGCUUCAGGUUAAGAACUUUGCUUCAGGAUAAGAACAGAAAUCGUGCUCUGGCAGUGCGGCAGCAGCAGGAGGCCCCAUUAGCUAAAGUGGUGCUUCAGGUUAAGAACAGUUUCAGGUUAAGAACGGACCUCUGGAACGAAUUAAGUACUUAACCCGAGGUACCACUGUACUUAAUUCGUUCCGGAGGUCCGUUGUUAACCUGAAACUGUUCUUAACCUGAAGCAGCACUUUAGCUAAUGGGACCUCCCGCUGCUGUUGCGUGAUUUCUGUUCUCAUCCUGAAGUAAAGUUCUUAACCCGAGGUAAUAUUUCUGGGUUAGCGGAGUCUGUAACCUGAAGCGUAUAUAAACUGAAGCGUAUGUAACUCGAGGUACCACUGUAGAGAGCCCCUCGAGGUAAAUAAACCCUGUUUAUUUCUUGUUUAGGGUCUUCCUCUUGCUGCAGCAAUUGAAUUACUCAAGAGAUAGGUGCCCGUCGCCCCGAUUUCCCCAUCUGGUAUAUUUUAUCCUACCUCUGUCCCAUUUCUCCAUAACCAAUAAUACCCCAUUUCCGCCGACAUCUCCGCCACCACUUUCUCCAGCGCUGGCCCAAGACAUUUUGCAGCUUGAGGUAGAAGAGGAAAUGGUCUCCACCCACCCACGCUCUGUGAUUCAAGGUGCAUAAAGGCCAGCGGAGCUAUUUUGGCACCUGAGGCAGAAAAAAACCCCCACCUUUUCUCUGGAAGUAGGAAAAAAAAAAUAGUUCAAACAAAUAACAAUGGGCUGCCUUUCCAUGACAUUAAUUUGCCCCUCAGAGUUUCAAUACCUGAACACCCUUCAUGGAAGAUAAGGCCACAAUGUCUAUAAUGCUACUGAACAGCAGUUGCUGGGCUCCACAGGAGGGAGGGGAAGAUGCUUUGUGCUCAAAUCCUGCUUGCUGGUUUUCUACAGGCACCUGAAGACCCUCCAAGUUGUCCCUGUUUUCCAGGGACAUUCUCGGAUUUGCAGAAGCCGUCCCGGUUUCUGAUUUGAUGACAGCACGUUCCGUUUUUCCUUGGGACCGUCCCUAUUUUCAUCAGAUAAAUGUUGGAAGGUAUGGGGUUAUUUGACCCCCUGAACCAAAGAGAUGAGUAACUUGACAACUUUUGGAAUACAUCUGAAGGCAGCCCUGUAGAGGGAAGUUUUUUAAAUGUUUUAGUUUGUGUGUGCAGCACACAAAACAUUUUAAAAACUUCCCUCUACAGAGCUGCCUUCAGAUGUAUUCCAAAAGUUGUCAAGUUACUUAUCUCUUUGGCUCAAUGGUUGCCUAACUCCACACCGUCCAACAUUUAUCUGAUGAAAAUAGGGACAGUCCCAAGGAAAAGCGGGACAUGCCGGGAUCAAAUCAGAAACCGGGAUGGCUUCUGCAAAUCCAGGACUGUCCCUGGAAAACAAAAUAUAUUUAUGUUGGAAGCUGCUCAGACUGGCUGGGGCAACCCAAUAAGAUGUGUGGGGUAUAAAUAAGUAAAAUUAUCAUUAUGGAAUGGGACGUCCCUCUUUUCAUUAGAGAAAUGUUGGAGGGUUUGUGGUUGGAGAAUAGCACCACACAAUUCAGAGAUGUGCAAAUUUAUUACGUGCUUAAAACUAAAAUUCCUAGGAUUCUUUUUGCCCCGGGGUGUGUGUGUGAGGGGGCACUUUAAAUGUGUACUGCAUGAAAGUAAGUUGCCUGACACGUCUUGCCUUCAUUGUAUUUGCCAGUUUAACCUCUGACUGUGAUCUCCCUUUAUCUGUCCUCCCCUCCCCGUCUGUUUCCCUUUUUAAUCUUUUUCUAAAGUCCCCUCCCUCUCUUUGCUGUGUAUCUCUAUUUCCCAUCAGAGACAUUUUGAAGAGGUCUGACUUUUAUCACUUGGCGUUUUUGUUUCUCUAGUACUUUCAGGGCUCCCAAAAGCGCUUUGUGACAAAUCCUCCAAAAGUGGCCCAACGAGGCAGGUCACUUACUAUGCCCAUUUUGCAGAUUUAUGGCGGGAACUGAGGCCGAGAGAGGGUGACUUGUUCAAGGCUGCCCUUCUAGAUGCAUUUGACUUUGGCUUAACACACACAGCUAUAAAAAUGCAUAGCGUGUGUUGGGAUAUCUGUCCUUAGCGCAGUGUAGGGAAGAGGAUAUGAGGCCUUCUGGGUAUUUGGCACAGGAUACGAGUUAUCAUUAAGCCAGAGAAGCCCACCAUAUUCCUGGGGCAGGUAACAAUAUUUUGGGGGGUUUCACAAUCAGGGCUUUGAAACUGGGCCCAAGGCCAACAUUUAGGCUGCUGGACAAACUGAGAAUAUAGGUAUGAUUUAAUGGGAACUGUUGAGGCUUUUACCUUUGGGCUCUGACACUUGGACCCACACAAGUGUUGUGCUUUCAGAUGUAUUCCAGGAAAUAUCAGUAUUUACACACACACACACACACACACACACACACACACACACCUGGUUUCCACAAUGUUUUCAGGCGUGGCUCCUGAACAAAACAGGACAUGCCAAAGAGAAAUUUCCAGUGGCCAAGGCAGUGCAUUUGGCUACGGGAGAGAUCCACAUCUGUGCCACAUCUGCUGUGAAGCCUCAGUUUUCUGUCUCCUAGAUCAGGCACGUCCAGCUGGUAGAUCACUGGUAGAUCACUGGCUCCCCUAGAAAAAGCUCAACAACUUUGACCUGAACCCCCAAAAAGGGGGUAGAUCACUGCCAGUUUUUAGAUUGCAGUCUCUUGAGAGUUGGUCACCCCUGUCCUAGAUGCUCAAAUGUCUCACUUGGAAAACAAAGAAGGGAAGUUAUUUUGGCUCAGUUAACAUUUGGGUACUCAACAUUGUGGGCUGUAGGGAUGGCAAACCUGUACAGUGGUACUUCGGGUUACAUACGCUUCAGGUUACAGACACCGCUAACCCAGAAAUAGUACCUCAAGUUAAGAACUUUGUUUCAGGAUGAGAACAGAUAUCGUGUUCUGGUGGCAUGGUGGCAGCAGGAGGCCCCAUUAGCUAAAGUGGUGCUUCAGGUUAAGAACAGUUUCAGGUUAAGGACGGACCUCCGGAACGAAUUAAGUACUUAACCCGAGGUACCACUGUAUAGUACAUCAGCCCUAGGCAACAUGACCUCUGAUUAGGGGCCACAGGUUCCUCACCUGGCUAUUGACAGGGGUGCUUAUGAUUCACACAUGCACACUCAGUUCCCUGCUCUGACUUGAGUCUCAAUUUUGGUGUGACAGGGUAGGUCUAGACCAUAUCUGGGGAGCUCUUGCUAAACUACAACUCCCAUCAUCCCUGGCCAUUGACCUUCCUUGCUGAUAGGAGUUGUAGUUCAGCAGCUUUUGGAGGUUUCCCACACCUGCUCUAUAAGCUUCCCCACCCCUCCAGGUUCCUGAGCUUUACUGUGUAGGUGCCCUCUUUUUGAGGGUGUAUGAAUUAUUGGGAACAUAUCCCUGAAGAAAUAAUUAUGCAUUUUCAAGAAAAAUAAUGUGCAGUGCAAUUUGACCAAGCAGCCCCAAACCUCAAUAUACCUGCCUCCGUCUGUAAAAUGGGAACAAUGCUUCCUUGUUUCUUUCCUCUUCUGUGGGGAUGAAAGAUUCAAACCCGAUAAAUAUAAUAAAUCCCUUUGCAAGGAAGAAGUGGCACUUAGAUAAUUAGUAACUAGCAGAACAGCAAGCCUUAAUUGGUUUAAUUGCUAGUUUAGCAGCGACUAGGGCUGUCACUCAAAUCUUGAUCAUCAGUUUCUGUUGGUAGAAUAUAUAGGAUGGUGCUGUAAAUGUGUCUGUUAAUAGUGAUGAUGAUGAUGAUGAUGAUAAAAUCUUCUAACCAAUUUCCCUUCUGUCUUGGCAGGUUUGAGGGAUCCCAGUAUGGCUAUAUGGUAAGUAUGUGGCCCAGAAUCCUUGCCUUUUACUGGUCUGAGUGAGAGAAGAGGAUUUCAAAGUGGGACUUUGUUGAGAGCUGUGUAACUCAGAAGCCAAGAUGGAAACGUAAGAGUCGGACCAUUGGCUCAUCUAGCUCAUAUGGCCUACACUGGCUGGCAGCAGCUUUCCAGGGUUCCAAACGGGGGGAAUUCCCAGCCCUACCUAGAGAUACUGGGGGGUUGAAUCUGGGGCCAUUCACAUGUGCUCUUAACCACAGGCUUUCCUUUCGUUUUCUUAGUGGAAGCAGAAGGUGGGUUUAGAGACUGGGAGUCUUCCUGGGUUCUUCUUGCAUUUGAGGGUGUGGAGUGAAGGGGUUUUAAUGUUGCUCACAGGCCUGCUUGUCGUCUUCCCAGUUUCCCAGCGGCUGCAUCUAUGACCUGGACUCUUGCAAACAAGAACCCACGUUUGCUUCCUGCCUUGGAGACCCCGAGAGCUCCCCAGGUAAGGCAUGUCUUAGUGCUGGGAAGUGGCUGCUCAGAAUGGCUGGGGCAACUUGAACCGAUGGGUGGGGUAUAAGUAAUAAAUUAUUAUUAUUAUUAUUAUUAUUAUUAUUAUUAUUAUUAUCAUCAUCAUCAGUUUUUUUUCUAGAAAAGGAGGUGCUGGAGCUCACCAUUAACUUCUCCCAUGCUCUCUUCCCUGAGAGGUACUGGAGCUGAGCUCUGGCUGAAAAAAGCCGUUAUUAUUAUUAUUAUUAUUACUACUACUACUACUACGACUACUACAGGAGCCAGGAGACCAGGGUUGCACACACAGUAUACAUUUAAAGCACAUGACGCCCACGCCCCCGGCUUCAAGAAUCCUGGGAAGAACUGUAGUUUACUUCUCAUAGAACUACGGUUCUCAGAAUUGUUUGGGGAUUGCUUUAAAUGUAUGGUGUGUGCACAGCCGCAUGCAAACUAAUUGUAGGAGGCAUAUUAUAUACCACGUGGGUACAACUUGGACCAUGUUGAUGGGAAUAGGGAGUCCCAGUGUUGUGAGGGCACCAGGUUGACUACCCUUCCUCUACAUACUGAAUGAACAAAUGUAAGUUCUUGUUCUCUCACUGGCCGAUUUGCAUGUGACCCUCUUUUGCCUAGCCGUUAAGAGGGCCUGCAGAAGAGUCAUGUAUGGCUUUCCUGUUUAGAACAGACGAGUCUCUCUCUCUCUCUCUCCCUUCCUCCCCCCUCCCCACCUGCCCCGCUCGCUUGCGCAAUCUGCAUUUAAUCGGAGGCUGCCAUCUGAUUUCUGGGAUGUGCUUGCAUCUAUACAGGCCUUGGUGGGGGCCUGCCACAGAUAGGCACUCUGUAUUAUUUGCAGAGAGAGAGAUACUGUGUUUGGGCUUUGUAGACUCGCUGGAAGUUGCCUGAAGAUCAGGAUAAUCCAAUCUGGGGCUGGCCUGCCACUUUUGAUCUCUGGCACCAAGUUGCCAAUCUACUCUGGUGUACCCUUAAUGUGCAACCCAGCCAGAUGGGCAGGGUAUACAUAAUAAAAUUAUUAUAAUCCAGCGACCGACCGCCCACCCAGCAUCUGCUUCCUGCCACAUCUGCAGUGUAGUUUUGCUGCAUCAGACAGAGCUGAUGUGUAGAUCUGGCAGCUUAUCAGUAUGUGUUCUUUGUUUGGUUUUUUAUUCUGCCUUUCACCCAAGAAGCUCACAGCCUGGCUAGUUUGAUGAGCCUUCCCACUCCUGCUCAGCAGUCCAUAAUAAUAAUAAUAAUAAUAAUAAUAAUAAUAAUAAUAAUAAUUUUAUUAUUUGUUGCAACAGCCACUCUGGGCAGCUUCCAGCACAUACAAAACAUAAUAAAACAAUAAGCAUUAAAAACUUCCCCAUACACGGGUGCCUUCAGAUGUCUUCUAAAGGCCAUCUCCUUGACAUCUGAUUGGGAAGCCGUUCCACAGGGCGGGUGCCACUACUGAGAAGGCCCUCUGCCUGGUUCCCUGUAACCUUACUUCUGGCAGGGAGGGAACUGCCAGAAGGCCCUUGGAGCUGGAUCUCAGCGUUCGGGCUGAACCCUUCCGCCUUUCAAGCAACACCCUCCACACACCAACCCACCCCUGGCCUCUGCAUAAGUGAGCCGGUGUGUCGGGUUCUUAAGAGUGUCAGGAUUAGGGCCUGGGGAGGCCAGGGCUCAAAACCCCACUUGGCUACAGAGCUCACUGGCAGGGCUGUCUUAAGCAUACGCGGCACGGGGUGCAAAGAUCCGCCCGCCCUCCCCUCAGGUUGGCCAGUCCCAGGCACGCAGGAGGGUGGACCUGGCCAGCCACCUCAGCGUCUCACUGGCUCGGUUGCCCCCGAACUCACAGCGCAGAGCUGCCCACAGCAGAAGAGCCUGCCACAGGGCUCCGACCGAUGGGCGGGCUCUUCCCUGACUCAACUCUCGGGCCCCGGACUCUCAGCCUGGCGCCCCUGAGAGCCUGACCCCCGGGUGCCCUGCACCCCUAGCACCUAUGGGUAAGACGGCCCUGCUCACUGGCUGCCCUUGAGCCAGUCACUACCUCGCAGGGUGGUUGUUGGGGUUGCGCCAGGAGGGAGCGAGAACUAUUUACGCCGCCUCGAGCUCCUUGGGUGGGAAGGCGAGGCGUAUAAAUGCAGUCUGAGGAAUACAUAUAUGGCACCGCAGAAUUGGAGGUUUGGGAGGAUCAUCAAGUCCGACUCCCUGCCAUGCAGGAAUAUGCAGCUGUCCCAUACAGGGAGCGAACUUGCCAGAUCUUUUCCAAAAGCAGAGAGUGGACUGAAGCGAUCAAACUGCUCCAGAAUGUGUCUCUGUGGUUUUCCGCACACAUACCCCUAUGGGUUUUUUUUAUUUACUUUGCCUUUCUUCUGUUACGGGAUUCAAAGUUAACACACAACUUAGUCUCUGCUCCAGGCGUUGACCAGGCUUGGACUUGCUUUAGCUUCAGGCCAUUUGGCCUCAUCGCUUGCCUCCCAGCGAUGCCCACGGACUUCCUUUAUUCUUGCCCGUCUUAAGGGGCAAAUACGCCCACAAUGUACUUGUUUUAGGCUGACGGCCUGCAGCUCUACACCUUCCUUUUCUAAUCUCACUACCAUUUCUGACUAGAUGCCCUCUCGUUAUCUUAAGCUUCAUUUGUCCAGAAAAUAAUUAUUCCUCGCUCUCCUUUUUUCUCCUGCUGGGGGCUCGCAUUCAGUCUUUCCUUCCCCCAAACCUUCCCUUUUCUGUUCAAGCUACUGCAAAACAUAAAAAUGAGAGUUCUCCAUCCCACUCCCUUCUACCCUGCCGGCCCCUGCUCCAGAAAUGUGUUAUUAUUAAUUAUAAUUAAAUGUCUAGAUUGCCCUUCAUCCGAAGAUCACAACAUAAAAGUACAAAAUGAGAACACAAACAAACAAAAACAAACCGAUAUCCCCACCACCACCACCACCACAAUAACAUUUAAAAGGCCGUGAAAUGUUUCAUCAGUCAAAGAAAUGUAUUCCCCUGGCGCCUAAAGGUAUGUAAUGAAGGUGCUAGGAGAGCCUCACUGGGGAGAGCAUUUCACAAAUCGGGAGCCAAUGCGGAAAAGGCCCUGUUCUCAGGUUGCCACCUUCCAGACCUCUUGCAGAGGAGGCACACGAAGACAGGCCUCAAAUAAUGAUUGCUGGGUUCAGGUCACUUCAUAUGGGGAGAGGAGGUCCUUGAGGAAAAGGCAAAAAGUAACUUGCCAUUCCCAAAUCUUUCCAAUUGCUAAAUCCCAUUCUUUUCUUCUUGUCCCUUUCUUCUGCGGUGGCACUGGCUGAUUGUCUUUUUUUUAACAGUAGCGGCUAGAGUGCUGGACUCGGACCUGGGAGACCCGGGUUCGAAUUUCCGCUCAGCGAUGAAGCCUGCUGGGUGACUUUGAGCCAGCCACCUUGAGCUCCUUGGAGGAAUAUAGCUGUUAUAAUAAAUAAAUAUUCUCUCCCAGUUUGACUUGCUACCAUUUUCUGCUCAUCCUUCUUACCAUUUUCUAAGGCUUCAGUUCUCUUAUCUGAUCCGGGUUUAAUCUGCUACUCUUCCUUUUUGUUUUUUUUCAAACCCUUUGCUCUUUGGCUCCUCCUUUAUCUCUCUUUUAUUUGCCUUCUAUCAUUCUCUUAGUUCAGCCCCACUCCCUUAACUCAGAAGAGGAUUUCGGCGGGAAGCUGCUUUCUGCGAUGACACUAGGGAAGACUGAGGAUGAGGGCAGGAAAUGCUGCCUGCAAAAUCCUGGCUCCAUCUCACUCCCCUCUUCUCCUCCCCCUAUUUUUUAUUGUUGGUGUAACCCAGAAAGAACAUCUGCAUAUUCCUUCAUUGCAGAGGGUUGAACUAGAUGAUCCUCAAGAUCUCUUCCAACUCUACAGUUCUGUGAUUCUAUGAAAGAGCAUUGGCUCACAUUAAGAAUAUUCCAUCCUGCAACAAAAAUGUGUGUGUGUGUCCCCAAAUAGAUAUCUAAUGUAGACGGACAAUGAUAAGACAUACGUUCAACUGCAGAAAGGGGGAGUAAGAUCUUCAGACUACUUAGCAAUGGAUGGUGGGUCUUCAUCCUGCCAACUUUGAAGUACAGCUGUCACAUCCGUCUUUUGUUGUUGUUUAGUCGUUUAGUCGUGUCAGACUCUUCUUGACCCCAUGGACCAGAGCACGCCAGGCACUCCUAUCUUCCACUGCCUCCUGCAGUUUGGUCAAACUCAUGCUGGUAGCUUCAAGAACACUGUCCAACCAUCUCGUCCUCUGUCGUCCCCUUCUCCUUGUGCCUUCCAUCUUUCCCAACAUCAGGGUCUUUUCCAGGGAGUCUUCUCUUCUCAUGAGGCGGCCAAAGUCUUGGAGCCUCAGCUUCACCAUCUGUCCUGCCAGUUAGCACUCAGGGCUGAUUUCCUUAAGAAUGGAGAGGUUUGAUCUUCUUGCAGUCCAUGGGACUCUCAAGAGUCUCCUCCAGCACCAUAAUUCAAAAGCAUAAAUUCUUUGGCGAUCAGCCUUCAAUAUGGUCCAGCUCUCAGUUCCAUACAUCACUACUGGGAAAACCAGAGCUUUAACUAUACGGACCUUUGUUGGCAAGGUGAUGUCUCUGCUUUUUAAGAUCCGUCUUUAGUGCAAUUUUAUUUCGAGACUCUUUUGUUUUGUUUUGUUUUGUAAUGCCACUUUUCAGAGCCUGUUUGGGCUAUAUAAAGUGAGACAUAAGUAUUUUAAGUAUAUUAUACUUUCAUCACAGCUAACAGAGCAAUUCUAUCCAUGUUUAAAGGUAAAGGGACCCCUGACCAUUAGGUCCAGUCGUGGCCGACUCUCGGGUUGCGGCGCUCAUCUCGCUUUACUGGCCGAGGGAGCCGGCAUACAGCUUCCAGGUCAUGUGGCCAGCAUGACUAAGCUGCUUCUGGCGAACCAGAGCAGCGCACGGAAACGCCGUUUACCUUCCCCCCGGAGCGGUACCUAUAUAUCUACUUGCACUUUGACGUGCUUUUGAAUUGCUAGUGUGAUGGGAAGAUGAGCUGCUUGUGCGUAAAAUCGUAUUCCCUCAGAGUUUGUUCAAGUCCACAAACCUCUGUCUGUGACUGAGCCCCUCUGACAUGGCUCCUCUAGUCACUAGAAGAUUCCGACAGUGGUUGCUUUCGUAAUCGCUUCCAACAUAAAAGCUCCUUAACGGAAACACGUCUUCUGGACUCUCUGCGUGACAGUUUCCGGCGAGGAGUGGGUGUCCCUACAGGAGGUCCGGAAACCUCACCACUGUUUUCGCUGGAAGUAUCUCUGAGCCAUCCCCCAGCUCCCUUUCCCUCAGUUCAGCUUCUCUCCCCUGCUGGUUUCCUCUUCAGCUGCUGAGUCUCUUCCAACCUGUCUGAGCCCUUUCACCUCCCUCAGUUCAGCUUCUCUCCCCUUGCUGGUUCCCUCUUCAGCUGCUGAGUCUCUUCCAACCUGUCUGAGUCCUUUCACCUCCCUUCCUUCCGAUGGCAGUUCCCUGACAUCCACCUCCCCUCCAGGGCCCCCUUCACCCCCUCUCGCCCUCCUCUACGGGCGGUGAGGAGGCAAAACCCCGGAAUGAACUUCCUUCAUCUUCCGAUGUCUCGAACACUUCUCUCCACCUGUUGCGGUUCCUGGUCUCGAAGCACUCCUCCUCCUCCGAGUCCAUCUCCCUUCCCCUUCCGAUUCUGGGAAUCCUUCCAACUCCUCCUCCUCCUCAGUGGUCCCAAAGUAUUCCCUCCGGAACCUCUCCACAGGCUGAGGUUUCCUCGGGAACCUUUGAUGGAACGUUUCUAUCAAUACCUCGUCAUUGAUAUCUUCGGCCAUUACCCACGUGUUUUCUGACUCCGGUUCUCCUUCCCACGCUACCAAAUACUCCACCUGAUUCCCCUUCCACCUGGCAUCAAGGAUUUCUGCCACAUGACUGCUGCAUUCUCUUUCUUCUAUGACCGGUCCCCGAGUGGCCAUCCCUUCUCGUCCCCUCGUACGGUGACAGUAACGACCUGUGAAAUACUGGGUGCAGUUUCAUGUGGUUGGGUAACCGGAGCCUGAAAGCCACUGGGUUGACCUGUUGAAUGACCUCAAAGGGACCCAACCUCCUGGGUCUUAAUUUCUUACAACCUCCUUUGAACGGCAACCCUCGGGUUGACAGCCACACCCUAUCUCCAACCCUUAUGGUUUCACCUUCCCUUCGGUUCUUGUCUGCCUGCCUCUUGUAUUCUUCCUUCGCCCUUUCUAAGUUGAGUUGGAGCUGACGGUGGAUUGCUUCCAUUUCUUCUACAAAAUGCUCGGCUGCCGGUACGCUCCAUCUCUCCCCUUCUCCCCUGGGAAAGCCCUGGGAUGACACCCAUAAUUAGCCAAGAAGGGGCUCAUCCCUGUGGACACAUUCUCGGCAUUGUUGUAGGCAAAUUCCGCCAGCGCCAACUUUUCUACCCAGUCAUUCUCUCUGUCAUUGACAUAACACCUCAGGUAUUGCUGGAGGACACCGUUUGCUCUUUCCGCCUGCCCGUUGGUUUCAGGGUGCCGGGCAGUCGAAAAGUUGACCUCCACCUGCAGUAAGCUCAUGAGCUUCCUCCAGAACCUGGAAGUAAAUUGUUUUCCUCGGUCUGAGACCACCCUCAAUGGCACCCCGUGCAACCUAAAAAUGUGUUCUACAAAUAACUUCGCUGUCUCUUCCGCCGUGACUGCAUGCGAGCAAGCUACAAAGUGGCACAUCUUUGUUAGUAGGUCUACCACCACCAUGAUGGCUGUUUUCCUUUGGACUUCGGCAGAUCAGUCAUAAAAUCUAUCGACACUGCCUCCCAAGGUCGUUCUGGUGUUGGUAAGGGUUCUAACAGCCCCGCCGGCGCCCGCCUUUCCCCUUGGCUCGCUGGCACUGCUCGCACCCUCUUACAUACUCACGUACAUCCUCCCUCACCUUAGGCCACCAAAAUUCCCUGGUGACCAACCACAUGGUUUUGUGUUGCCCAAAAUGCCCUGCCGUGGGGCUGUCAUGCAACUGCUUGAGUACCCUCCCCUUAAGUCUCCUUCAGGGAUAUACAGUGCCCCUUUGUAAUACAAAGCUCCAUUUCUUUCCUCGAAACCCCUUGAUUCCUCUCCCUCAUCCCUAAGACCUCUGAGCUUAUUCUGGGCGUAUUCAUCAUUCUCUGUUUCUUCUACCAGUUCUCUUUGUCCCACCAAUGCCGCCCCACACACCCAGCGGUCCUCUGGAAUGACAUGUCUCUCUUCGGGUGCUCCCUCCUCCAAAUAUUCAGGUUUGCGUGAGAGAGCGUCCGCCCUAAUGUUCUCUGGGCCUGGCACGUAACAAAUCUCAAAGUUAAAUUUGGAGAAUUCCUGGGCCCACCUCACUUGCCGUUGGUUGAGCACUCGUGCCGUCCUCCAAUACUCUAGGUUCUUGUGGUCAGUGCACACUUGCACCUUAUGUUGUGCGCCAAUUAGCAGGUGCCUCCAUCUCCGGAACGCCUCAUGAAUGGCUAGUAGUUCUCGGUCAUACACCGUGUAGUUCCUCUCGGAUUUGUUCAGCUUUCGCGAAAAAAGCACACGGUCUCCACUCUGACUCCUCCUUCCCUGGCUGGAGAAGCACCGCCCCAACCGCUCUGUCUGAUGCGUCAGUUUCCACUCUCAUCGGUUUUUGUAAAUCCACAUGCAGGAGCUGUUGUUCCGAGGCGAAGGCCCUUUUUAGUUCCUCAAAUGCUUGCUCCGCCUCCUCCGUCCAAACGAACUUCUUCUUACUGCUGAGACAGUCCGUAAUGGGCGCCGUCAGGUGGGCAAAGUUUGGGAUGAACUUACGAUAGAAGUUCCCAAAUCCUAAAAACCUCUGCACAUCCUUCCUUGUUUUGGGUGUUUUCCAUUCCAGUACCGCCUGGACCUUGCCGGGAUCCAUGGCCAACCCCUUGUCAGACAGGCGAUACCCCAGGAAUUCCACCUCCUUGGUAUGAAACUGACACUUCUCCAGUUUCACCCACAGCUGGCUGGCUUGCAGCCUGCUCAACACUUCUCUGACGUCUCUCACAUGCUGCUCCUCAUUCUCAGAAUACACCAACACGUCGUCUAAGAAGGCCACACAAUUCUUGUAAAGCAACGGCCCCAGGACGUGGUUCAUAAACGAUUGAAAUGUUGCGGAGCCUGCUUGUAGACCGAAGGGCAUAACUAAGUAUUCAAAUGCCCCUAAAGGGGUGAACAUGGUGGUUUUCCAUUCAUCCCCCUUCCUUAUUCGUAUCAGGUUGUACGCCCCCCUUAGAUCCAGCUUGGUGAAAAUCUUUCCCUUCCGCACCCUUGUCAAAAUGUCGUCAAUCCUGGGCAUCGGGAAGGCCACUGGUUCUGACACUGCAUUUAAGGCCCUGAAGUCACACACCAGUCUCGGCUUGUUCGUGUUUUUUUGUGGACAAAAAAAACACUGGGCUGCCCCCCCACCGCCCUGGACUCUCUGAUGAACCCUCUCUUCAGGUUCUUGUCAAUGAACUCUCUUAGCUCCUGCAUCUCUCUGUCUGACAUGGCGUACAGCUUGCCCACAGGGAGCUGUGCCCCAGGGAGCAAAUUGAUUUGACAGUCAAAGGCUCUAUGCGGUGGUAGUUGGUCAGCUUCCCUUUCGCUGAAGACGUCGCGGAGAUCUGCGUAUUGUCGUGGUACCUUCACGUUCUCCGUUACUUCAGUCCCUGCUAGGGUGGCUUGGGCCCCUGCCAAAACCUUCCCUCUUUGCAGUGUUCUAAGCAAUGUGCUGACCCAAAAGAAACCACUCUUUGAUGCCAGCCCACCAGCGGAUCAUGUAACGCUAGCCAGCUCAUCCCCAAUAUAAUGGGAGCUCCUCCCAAGGUGGCCACAUUAAACGCUAUUAGUUCGGUGUGCCUUGCCACCUUCAUUAUCAUUGGGACGGUCUGCAAGCUGACUUCUCCUCCCAACAGCUCCCUGCCAUCGAUCGUGGUUACCUGCAGGGGGUUGCUUAAAGGGAGCGUCUGUAUCUGGUGUUCAGCUGCAAACUCUUUGCUCAUGAAAUUGCAGGAGCUGCCUGAGUCCAACAGCGCCUUUAUCUUUAGAGGGUGUCCGUUUGGCAGCUCUAGUGUCACUUCUAUCACUAGGGCGGGUUUAGGAGGUUCUGGCGUGGGCACUUUCACUGCUCUUUGGCCUGGCUGCUGUGCCCCGACAAUGGCAGCCAGGCGUUGGCUUUUAGUUGCUCCGGUAUCUUUUCCUCUCUUCCCUCCACAGCUCCCACCAUCCCUUGCCAUUCCUUCCUCUGGGGGCAGACUCUGGCAAAGUGCCCUGGCUGUUGGCAGAGAUAGCAUUUCCGGGCGCCUUUUCCCUCCUUUUUUUCCCCCCCUCACUGGGCUUUGAAACUGCGCGCGCGCGCUGUUCCGAUUUCCAUCGGCUCUGCCGGCGGGAAAGUUGGCUCUGGAAUGUCUGGAAUGCGGAACUCCUUCCAACGUUCCCCUUCCCUUCCCGCCUCUCCAAUGCUCUCGCCUCCUGGCGCGCUCCUAUGGCCAGCGCUGAUUUGGUCAGCUGGUCCAUAGACUCCGCCCUGGGCGCCCGGGAAAGUUCAUCUUUCACAGCCGAAGAAAGCCCUUCUUCAAAGAGCAUUUGAAUGGGUUCCGCCGAUAAGUCCCACCCCAAUCUGUGUAUCAGCAUGGUGAACUCAGUCCAGUACUCACGUACAGAUCGGCUCCCCUGUUUGCAAGCCAUUAACUGUCUGCGCACCACUCCCUUUUCAAUAUCGCUGGAAAACAUCAGAUCCAUGGCGCGAAAGAACUUCAUCGUGUCCUUUAGGACGUCACUAUGCGCUGCCAUCAGGGGUCUAACCCAGUCUCUCGCGCCCUUUUCAAGAUGCCCAAUCACAAAAGCCACUCGUGAUUCCUCAUCAGGGAAAUCAUCAAACUGCAGAUUGAGGGCAUAUUGCAUUUCUGUCCGAAAGCUAUGAUAGUCUUUGGGCUCCCCCCCAAAUUUCUGCACCAAUCCUGGUACCUUUCUGGCGAGCUGGGUGGCUUUCUCCCCUUUGUCUGCAUCUUGAGCCCUCCUCUCCUCCAGCCUCGCCGUCUGCAGCGCCAGCUGGACCUCCAACACCCGGUACCUUUCUUCCAGGCUUGGACCCGCUCCAGCCCCUGCUUCUCCGGUUCCUGCUGGGUUGCUCAUUAUGCCUUCUCCUGCACAAGCUGCGUUCAAAGACUGUCGGAAUGCUGUGAUGGGAAGAUGAGCUGCUUGUGCGUAAAAUCGUAUUCCCUCAGAGUUUGUUCAAGUCCACAAACCUCUGUCUGUGACUGAGCCCUCUGACAUGGCUCCUCUAGUCACUAGAAGAUUCCGACAGUGGUUGCUUUCGUAAUCGCUUCCAACAUAAAAGCUCCUUAACGGAAACACGUCUUCUGGACUCUCUGCGUGACAGUUUCCGGCGAGGAGUGGGUGUCCCUACAGGAGGUCCGGAAACCUCACCACUGUUUUCGCUGGAAGUAUCUCUGAGCCAUCCCCCAGCUCCCUUUCCCUCAGUUCAGCUUCUCUCCCCUGCUGGUUUCCUCUUCAGCUGCUGAGUCUCUUCCAACCUGUCUGAGCCCUUUCACCUCCCUCAGUUCAGCUUCUCUCCCCUUGCUGGUUCCCUCUUCAGCUGCUGAGUCUCUUCCAACCUGUCUGAGUCCUUUCACCUCCCUUCCUUCCGAUGGCAGUUCCCUGACAGCUAGGUUAGCAGGACCGAGCAAUGGGAGCUCGCCCCAUCGCGGGGAUUUGAACCGCCGACCUUCUGAUCGGCAAGUCCUAGGCACUGUGGUUAACUCACAGCACCACGGAAAAUCCUAGUAAAUUAAAUGGGGUUUUUAUUCCCUGGUUAAUGGGAUUAGGAUUGCGGCCUAAACUUUGCACUACACUGUUUCAGGUUCCUCUUUUGCUUGCUUCUCUGCUCCCUCUAACACAGCAUUUAAAAAAAAAAAAAAAUCGCUUUCGACAAGGUACAUCUUCUCCCAAGGCUUUGGCCUCUACUCCUUGCCUUUCCUUCUCUGUUCUCCUAUUUCUUCAAGGUAAUACAGCCCCAAAUGUAUUCUACAAACCCUGGGGCUCUCCUAAGCCUUCUAAUAUCUUUUUCUUCUGUACGGCAUUUUGAUUGGAUAAGAAUUCACAUUCAGAGAAGUGAGUUCACUCUUUGGAGAUAGGGUCUGGAUAUUGGUUUCAAAAACUGUGCCCUCCAAUGGAGAGAGGAGAGAUUCCGGGCCUGCAGCCAGUACUGUAUGUACCUGCUGUUCCCUAUGCAAAAUCGAUGGCUUAAGGCAUUUGCACACAGAAGAAAAGCCUUUGUAGCCUGAGCUGAGUAAUACAACCCUCAACCCUCCUGCUCUCAUACCCAAGAGAUCCAAGUGGAUGUUGGGAGUGAUGGCUCCAGGAUUCACAAAGCAGAGAAGGGGAAACAGGAGGAGGGAAAGCUACCAAGGCAACUUUUUGAAGGGCAGAGACUGGUUCAUUAGAACAGAUGGAGCACUGCCCACUCACUCUGCUUCACACCCUUCUUGAGUAAAAUCAUAGAACUGUAGAGUUGGAACGGGACCCCCCAGGGUCAUCUAGUCCAACCCCCUGCAAUGCAGGAAUCUUAGCUAAAGCAUCCAUGACAGAUGGCCCCAUCCAACCUCUGCUUUAAAAACCUCCAAGGAAGGAGAGCCAACAACCUCCUGAGGCAAACCGUUCCGCUGCCAAACAGCUCUUAUUGUCCAAAAGUUCCUCCUGAUGUUUACAGUGUUACCUCAGGUUACAGACUCUGCUAACCCAGAAAUAGUACCUCGGGUUAAGAACUUUGCUUCAGGAUGUGAACAGAAAUCGUGCGGCGGUGGCAGUGGGACGCCCCAUUAGCUAAAGUGGUACCUCAGGUUAAGAACAGUUUCAGGUUAAGGUACCACUGUAGUUGGAAUCACCUUUCUAGUACAGUGGUACCUCUGGUUAAGAACUUAAUUCAUUCCAGAGGUCUGUCCUUAAGCUGAAACUGUUCUUAACCUUGAGGUACCACUUUAGCUAAUGAGGCCUCCUGCUGCCACCGCCAUGCAAUUUCUGUUGUUAUCCUGAAGUAAAGUUCUUAACCCUAGGUACUACUUCCGGGUUAGCAGAGUCUGUAACCUGAAGCGUUUGUAACCCGAGGUACCACUGUAACGUGAAGCCCUUGGAAGAGAAAGUCCAGGUAUAGGGUGGUAUAUAAAUUCAAUAAAUUCAAUAAAUGAAAUGAAAGUCCUGCCCUCCAGAGCAGGAGAAAACAAGGCUUGCUCCAUCUUCGAGGUGACAGGCUUGCUCCAUCUUCCAGGUGACAGCUGUCGAGAUAUUUGGCGAUGGCUAUUGUGUCUCCUUUCUCGCAGGCUAAACAUACCCAGCUCCUUCAACCGUUCCUCAUAAGGCUUGGCUUCUUGACCCUUGACCGUCUUAGUUCCCCUCCUCUGCGUACAUUCCAGCUUGUCAACAUCCUUCCUAAAUUAUGGUGUCCAGAAUUGGACACCGUAUUCCAGGUGUUGUUGUUUUUUUGGCCUGGCUGGAAUUUGUCCUCUGAGAAUAUCUCUUGCUUGCCUGGGUUAGAGGAGUGCUUGUUUGUGUACAUGUAAACUAGCCCACUGUACAACGUUUACAUCCAUUGCCCUACCCACAUUUGACGCUGGCAUUUGCCCACCACUAGCAUGCGGCCCCUGAAAGCUUGCUGAGCCCAGGGAAUGUGGCCCCCGGGUUAUGAAAGGUCCCCUGCUCCUGACUCAUUGGCUUGUUCUCUUGGGUCUCCUUUCUGACGUCGCAUCCCCUUGCUUUUCAGAGUCUUGCAUGAACUGGCUGGAGAUGCAGGAGCCUGGCUAUGAAGGCUAUGAGAUGGGGCAGCUGGCCCAGCUGCAGAAUGUCCAAGUCUCCUACCUGCAUAGUUCUUACCCGCAGCUCUCCAUGGAUUCUGUCUACAGCCAGGAGGGAGUGGUACCCACGCAGAACAUGUGCCUCGCACCCAAGGAAGACUACAACACCCAGGUGAAGGCGGCGCCUAGUCCAUUUGGGGUGGGGCGACAGAGAGCCAGGACCUGGGAAGGGAGUGGGGUCUAUGGGUUUUGGGAAUGGGAAGCCAGGGGACCUGGGUUCUCAGAUCUGGUAUUGGAGCUUGGUGGGUAAGACAAAGUGCUGCUGGGUGCCAGUGAGUUCUUUUUAUUUUAUUUUAAAGUUUUUAUUUGACUUUACAAAUUCAUUCACACAGAUAAUGUUUUUGCAUCAUCAUCAUCAUCAAUCUUUAUUACGGUCCAGAGACCCAACAAAUCAUUACAAAGUAAUACACAAUUCAUACAGCCUACCUCCAGGUUAAACAAGCAUUUUGUUCAAAAUAUAGGGAUCGUUGGUUCUUGCAACCACCGAUAAAAACUUUGCCACUGCUAAUGUUGUAGUGUUUGUCCGGUCUUCCCAUAGGAACCUGACAUAGUGAGCCUCUGAUUUUCCCGGGAAAGGUACCAGCAAGGGUAAUAUCAGUUCAGCCCUGGCUUGCUCAUAUUUUGCACAGUGCAACAAAAUAUGUUUUAUGGAAUCGAUGUCUUGAGCACACGAGCAAAGUCUGUCCUGGUAGGGAACUCCUCUCAACCUGCCAUCCAACACUGCAGGAGGAAAGACGUUUAGUCUGGCUUUGGUGAAAAGCCUUCGAUAAUUUGGUACUGUCAGGUUUUUAAUGUAAGAUGAUAACUUAAAGACAUGCCCAUAUUGUACUCCUACUGCCAGUGGACUACAGACUGCGUGUGAUUGAGAUCGCAAGUCACUGUGUGCAUUAUCCCAUAAUCUUUGCUUUAACAUCUUUAGGGUGCCUUCAUAACCCAGGUAAUACAGUUGGGGGGAGGGUGACAGCCCAAUAGAGGUGGCUGUUCUUGCAGAUAUUAAAACUUUACACACGAUUCUUCCAAAUCCUAGGGCUUCCCUCCUUCGCUCCAUGGGUUCUUUAAGUAACUUUUUCAACUGCAUAUUAUAAGUCCAUCUAAUUUACAACCCUCCAUUGUAUCCAAAGUCUAUGUAUCAUUGCAAGAGUUAUUUAGAACCUGACAAAAGAGUUGAAGUGUUUACAGUGGUCCUUCAAAUACAAUCUAUAUGUAUCCCAUUCUCUGUUGAAGUUUUGAUCCUCCUGAUUUCUGAUUUUCCCAGUUAAUCUUGCCAUCUCUGCAUAGUCCAGUAAUUUCAUCUGCCAGUCCGCCCUAGUAGGUAUCUUAUCAUCUUUCCAGCUCUGCGCAAGCAGCAUCCUUGCAGCUGUUGUACAUAAACAGGGUGCCAAUAGUCUUGGUAACACUAGGGCCGGGCAAUAUCUAGUUUUCAACAUUGUGAUAUAUCACCAGCUAAACAUAUAUAAAUAUACUAAUAUAUCACAAUGUCUGAAAUAAGGAUGGAGCUAUGUAGAGGCACUAGCUGGCUUCACAGUUUUUCCAGUGUCAUGAUUUUUUUAUGGCGCCUGCUCAUGUGAUUUGCUGCCCCCUGCAUUAGGCAGGGGAGGGCUGAGCUGACGGAGUUAACAGAGGCUGCAGGAAUCGAGAGGAAGCAUUGGCUGGCUUCACGGUUUUCCUCACAUUAUGGUUUUUUUGCAUAGCGCGCACACACAACAUGAUUCACAAUAUAUUGCCACAUCAAAAAUUAUGAAACCGAUAGCACGAUAUGGACUUCCAAACCGGCUUUGGAUGAUAUAUCAAUCUAUUGCCCAGCCCUAACCAGGGGACGCGGGUGGCGCUGUGGGUAAAACCUCAGCGCCUAGGACUUGCCGAUCGCAUGGUCGGCGGUUCGAAUCCCCACGGCGGGGUGCGCUCCCGUCGUUCGGUCCCAGCGCCUGCCAACCUAGCAGUUCGAAAGCACCUCCGGGUGCAAGUAGAUAAAUAGGGACCGCUUACCAGCAGGAAGGUAAACGGCGUUCUGUGUGCUGCGCUGGCUCGCCAGAUGCAGCUUGUCACGCUGGCCACAUGACCCAGAAGUGUCUGCGGACAGCGCUGGCUCCCGGCCUAUAGAGUGAGAUGAGCGCACAACCCUAGAGUCUGGCAAGACUGGCCCGUACAGGCAGUGGUACCUUUACCUUUACCUUUAACCCAGACCACACAUUUAUAGCCCUCUCAUACCGCUUUAACAGCCACGGAGAAUCCUGGGAACUGUAGUUUGGUCUUGUUGCUGGGGAUUAUGAUUCUGUGAGAUCAGCACCUCUAGCAAGCAACAGUUCCCAGGAUCUCCAUGGCUGUUAAAGUGGUAUGAGGGUGCUAUAAAAGACUGUUUAAGGCGGUAUAUGCAAGCUUUAAAUGUACUGGUGUGUAGAUGUGGCCCCAGAUUAAUCUGAAACAGAAAAAGGGGUUAUCUGUUUUGCCUUAUCUGGGUUCUGUAGCUGUAGUCCAAAGCUGUAGCCAUGGGGGGUGAGUGGUUUUGUUAAGAGGAAAAUGGCAUCUGAGGGGAAAGAUUAACUACUCUCUCCCCCCAGGCACCACUGCUCUGAUCAAAUUGGUAGGUCCUCUCAUCAUAACAUUCAAUAAGAACCUUCUAGAUCAGGCCAAUGGUUCCUUUAUAGUCUAGUAUCCUGUCCUCCCAGUGGCCAGUCAGAUGCUUGCGGUAAACUGAGAUGUAGGACCCAAGCUCAAUAAACAUCCUGCCCUCCUAAGAAUACCAGGAACAGGUAUUCAGAAGGAUUACUGCCUCUGACAGCCAUCUUGGCUAGCAGCAACUGAUAGCGUUAUCCUCCCCAAUCGCCCUAUCUCCCAUUCUCCCCCUGCUGCUACUGUUUGUCAAAAAGUAAACAAAGCACCAAGGAGAUCCUAUCACAGUUUUCCUGCGUAAUGUAUCAUUUGGGUCCUAACACAUAGCAACACUCAACAAAAUGUUCCUAGUCCCUAAUGAGAGAACUCAGCCAGGGCUCUGGCCAGCCUAGAUCAGGAGUCUUCUAUGGGGAAGGAAAAAAUAACCCCUUUUUUUCCCCUUCCUGUAUCACCCAAAGGCUCAGGUGGGGGGUUGUUUUUGAUUGUUACUGUGUUGUGUAUUUUUGUGUUUUUAUAUUGUAAACUACCCUGUGAUCUUCGGAUGAAGGGUACUAUAGACAUUAAAUGAAUGAAUGAGAACAGUAGGGGAAUCCCACCAUGGCCUUCUUGUGUAACAUGUAGUUUGGUCCUAACUUCCUGGGCAAGGACGUUCCACUUUGGCUAACGAAUGCUGUGGGUUUUUUACCCCUCCAUCCCAUGGACAUCUACAGAUUUACCUCCCCUACGAGCAGUACCCUCUUCCCAGGGAAGUGCCUAGCCCCUCGUCGGAAGAAGAGGAAUUCCACGGGGAGAGUCGGAACUUGGAGGUGUCCUCCGACAGCGACUUGGAUGAGAAUCUCUCGCCUGGUUUUGAUUCAGGUGGGUGCCUCCAUCCCGUGUUUUCAGCACCCAGCAAGACCAUGCAUCUUGUGUCUAUGUUUCUGCGCACACAUGCAGAAAUACUCACUGUAUGUCAAGAAGUAAAAAGGUGAAGUUGAGAGGAUGUUGCUGCCCAGGGGUUGUGCGCUGCCCCCAAAAGAGCCACCACUUAUAGGGUACUGCCAAGAAGGCUGGUGUUUUGCCUGAAAGAGUCCUUGAGUUUGCAGUCUCUGAUCUCCCAGCUAAAGUGGGCCCACAGAGGGUGCCUUGUCUGAGCACCCACAAAACCCUGGAGCCAACACUAUGUUUAUCAUACCAAAAAGGGAUGCGAGUGGCGCUGUGGUCUAAACCACUGAGCCUCUUGGGCUUGCCGAUCAGAAGGUCGGCGGUUCGAAUCCCUGCGACGGGGUGAGCUCCUGUUGCUCUGCCCAGCUCCUGCCAACCUAGCAGUUUGAAAGCACACCAGCGCAAGUAGAUAAAUAGGUACCACUGUGGCAGGAAGGUAAACGGCAUUUCCGUGUGCUCUCGUUACCCUCAUGGUAUUCUGUAGCACCAGAAGCGGUUUAGUCCUGCUGGCCACAAGACCCGGAAAGCUGUGGACAAACGCCGGCUCCCUCGGCCUAAAAGCAAGAUGAGCGCUGCAACCCCAUAGUCGCCUUUUUACGUUUGCCAUACCAUAUGAAAAUAUAAUAGAACCAUAAACAUUAAAAACUUCCCUAUACAGGGCUGGCUUCAUAGGUCUUCUAAGGGUUCUAUAGCUAUUCAUCUCCUUGACAUCUGAUGCGAGGGCAUUCCACAGGGUGGGUGCCACUACCAAGAAGGCCCUCUGCCUGGUUCCCUGUAACCUCACUUCUCGCAGUGAGGGAACCGCCAGAAGGCCCUCAGAGCUAGAUCUCAGUGUCUGGGCUGAAUGACAGGGUUGGAGACGCUCCUUCAGGUACCCUCAAUAGGCAUGAUGGCUAUUUUCUUAACCUCCACUGAACGCCAGUUGCUGGGCAUGGAGAGCAUUGCGCUGACGAUUUUUGUUUGUCUGUCGCCCUCCGCAGGCUCCCGACGGAAGUUGCGCCUCUACCAGUUCCUGCUGGAGCUCCUUGAGCGUGGCGACAUGAAGGAAUGCGUGUGGUGGGUGCACCGCGACGCAGGGAUCUUCCAGUUCUCCUCGAAGCACAAGGAGCUCCUGGCGCAUCGCUGGGGACAGCAGAAGGGCAACCGCAAGAAGAUGACCUAUCAGAAAAUGGCUCGGGCACUACGCAACUACAGCAAGACGGGCGAAAUUCGCAAGGUCAAGAAGAAGCUCACCUACCAGUUUGGGACCACUCUGCUGGCGCAGCCGGCCACCUCCUAAACUCCACCCACCCGCCCGCUGCAAGAAUACGGGGCUGGGGCCAUUAAUAAUGACUGGACCUCCAUUCUCUGCCUUCUCCAGACCACCCGCUUUCUGGUGCCUUCAACCAAACUGCGUGAAAGAAUCUAGGCUGGGUGGGAAGAGAUGUGAAGACCCAAAUCAGGGUGGGUGGGCUCCAGUAGGUUGCAGUCAGGGAGGCCAGGUGUGAAGGCACCAAGAUCUUCCACCAGAGGGGUGGGAGAUAUGCACUUUAGCGGAAAUCGGGCUGCUUGGACUGUCAUGGUAGGGCUGUCAUGGUAGGGUGAGGGUAAAGUAUGAUACAGCAGAGGUGGAGCGAAGCAUUCUGGGAUCCUUAGGAGGCUAUUGGCUUUGCCUGGGUUGAUUGGGAGGGCUCUUUCAGCAGAGCCUGGUCCAUAUUUUUCCUUUGUGGAGUACGGAAAAAAGGGGGUGUGGGGAGGUUAAUCACAGUACGGGGGAGGCAAAGGGGUCCAUGUGGUUACCUUCUGAUGAGGUGGGGGGGGGACUACGCUGUGAAAUAGGAACCAGGUGGGUGGUGGUACUCUGUGUGGGUUGGUGGAUUUGCUCUGCUGGACUGGGGCCAAAGUUUGGUCUGAGGGGUGUCACUGAGGUCACUCUUUGCCCCCCCUUCCACCCUGGCUAGCAGUUUAAAACUGGUAGUUUUAAAACAGAAGGAGCUUUUGUGAGUAUUUCUGCAAGGUGCUGGGAUUUCUAGAAGCAGCAUAUUGCUUUGCUUAGGUGGGGCAGAGGAACCAAAAAUUCUUGUCCAGGAGUUCUGUCUGUGUGUAUAUGUAUAUAUAUGUAGGCAAGAUGUUUAUUUAAUGCCAUAGGUCUGGGGGUUUGGUUGGAUUUCAGUCUCCUGAAGGGUUUGUUUGUUUGUUUUUGUACAAAAUCUGAUUAUUAUUUUUUAAAUGGAUCUCUUCUGUAUAAAUUGUAAAAUUUGCAAAUAAAUUUUUAAGGAGUUUGGCU